AUGGCUCCACCUCUAGAGGUGUUACGGGGCGAUCAUGACUCAAUGCGAGUGAUUUUCAGGAGUCUUCGUUGCCCCUCAUCAGCUGAAAAGGGAAAAAGUUUGGGUCUAAGAGAAUCCACAACAUGUGUAUUAGUCUCUAUUGGGAGAAUAUGGACCAUCCGUGGCCCCGAUUUAGUGAUAUUCCCUAUGAGGCUCUUUUGCAGAUGUUUUCGCGUUUCAAGGUGGAAUUCACUAGAGAAUAGUAAUAUAUUUGAUUCCUUCAAGUGUGUCCUCAAGGAUAGAUACAAGGAUCGGAUGAAGCGUAUCAAGAUUAAAUAUGGGAAAAUGGCACGAAAUGAUGGGAAACCCGUCCCCCUAGGUCAUUGUACCUACUACGAAGGGAUGCAUAACUACCACCCCCGAGCGCGUACCAGAGAAUAUAAGUGGAGAAAGAAUUCAAAAAUUGCUCACCAGAAUCGUAAAGUCGCAGAUGCCAAUGGGUGGACAGCUAGGCACACCGCAGGAGAUGGUCAAAAAAACACGGAGAAGACUCUUCAAACCAUAAAGAUGAUGCGAGGGUAUGGGUGGAAAUUCAACUUAGGAGAAAAGGAAAGAAGAAGGGUGAUAUCUAUGGCAUAG